AUGUCAGACGACAUGGAAAAGGUUUUGGAGAGGCAAGAGCGAGAAAGGCGAGCAAGAAUGAGUAGAAGAGCUGCAAACAAAAGGGCGCAGAGAGAACUAGAUGAGCAACUUGAUGUGGCCGUUGCUUUGCUAGAGGAAGAAAACCAAAGCCGCCGUGUGGAAAAUCUGUACAUCAGGGACUACCUGCGCAGACCCACGCCCAGGGACCUGCAACGGCUUCUACAAAAAGCUGAGUCUCGUGGAUUUCCUGGAAUGAUUGGGGAUUAUGGGAAUCGGAAAGGGCAGAAAAGCAUUAUCCUCAAAGCAGUUGCUGGUUUUGAUACAUGGGUUUGUUAUGUCUUCUUUGGAGUUGCCGGCUCUCAAAAUGAUUUGAACGUCCUGGGUCAAUCCCCGGUGUUCAAUGAUGUUCUGAAAGGUGAAGGCCCAACUAUCACAUAUCAAAUUAAUAAUACCGUCUACCAGAACGGGUAUUAUCUAGCUAAUGGUAUCUACCUGGGGUGGACAAAAUUUGUGAAAUCAAUUCCACAUCCCCGAUCCCACAAGGAAAUUUUUUUUGCUGCUUAUCAAGAGGGGUACAGAAAAGAUGUGGAGAGGUGCUUUGAUAUCCUUCAAGCCCGGUGGGCAAUUAUUAGGGAAGCGGCACGUCUAUUUGAUGAGGAGGUGCUUAGGAGUAUAAUGAUGACUUGUAUCAUCCUCCACAACAUGAUUGUGGAAAAUGAGUAUGAUUACGAUGCUGAUGAAGUCUAUGAACCAGAUCUCAUGAACACAGCCUUAACACGAAUUUAUAAAAAACCUAUGGGACCAAAUGGAGAACCAGUGCAGCAUGAUCCGUUAGUUAGAGACGGUAGUUUCAUGCAUCGGAUGAUUGAGCGCUACACAGAGAUGCAAUCGUCAUAUAUUCAUGAACACCGUCAAAUGGACUUGAUGGAGCAUUUGUGGGCAGUGAAAGGCAAUAAAGGACAAUAA